ACUCAAAACACUUCACUACUAACCUUAGGUCUCUCUAUAUAUACACCCACUAAAUAAAUGGCCGCUUUGAGAGUUUCCUCAGCAUUUGCUUCUUCUUUAGCUUCAACUUCUUCUUCUUUUCAUUGUCACCCUAAAAGUUUUACUAAAUUCAAAUCUAGUCCACUCUGGACUUUAUCUUUUUCAGUUACACCCUUGUAUUCAAGAAGAAGUAAACGUAUGGCUCAUUCUAUUGCUCGUGCUACUCUUGGUCUUACUCAGAUUAAUCAAAUUGACACCCCUAAGAUUUCAUUUGCUGCUAAAGAGAUUGAUCUGGUGGAAUGGAAAGGGGACAUACUUGCAGUGGGUGCCACAGAGAAAGACUCGGCUAGAGAUGAGAAUUCUAAAUUCCAGAAUCCGCUAUUGCAAAAGCUAGAUUCCAAAUUAGGUGGUUUAUUAUCUGAAGCUUCAUCUGAGGAGGAUUUUAGCGGAAAGUCUGGACAAUCCACAAUACUUAGGAUUCCUGGUCUUGGCUCGAAAAGAAUUGCUCUAGUUGGGCUUGGCUCGUCAACAUCAUCAACUGCUGCUUAUCAUAGUUUAGGAGAGGCUGUUGCUGCAGCUGCCAAGUCUGCUCAGGCUAGUAAUAUUGCUGUUGCACUCGCUUCUACUGAUGGGCUGUCUGCAAAAUCAAAGCUUAGUUCUGCCUCUGCCAUUGCAACUGGAGCUGUGCUGGGGAUAUUUGAAGAUAAUAGGUUUAAGACCGAGUCAAAGAAACCAACGCUGAAAUCUUUGGAUAUUCUUGGACUGGGAACUGGACCCGAGAUAGAGAAGCAACUCAAGCAUGCAUCAGAUGUCUGUGCAGGUGUUAUACUCGGCAGAGAGCUCGUGAAUGCACCCGCCAAUGUACUUACUCCUGCGGUACUUGCUGAUGAGGCCAAAAAGAUUGCUUCCACUUAUAGCGAUGUGUUUUCUGCAAACAUCUUGGACGUUGAGCAGUGCAAAGAAUUGAAAAUGGGAUCCUAUUUAGCUGUUGCUGAAGCUUCUGCAAAUCUUCCUCAUUUCAUCCAUUUAUGUUAUAAGCCUUCUGGUGGGGAAAUCAAAAAGAAGAUAGCCUUGGUUGGAAAGGGAUUGACUUUUGACAGUGGCGGCUACAACAUCAAGACCGGACCUGGUUGUUCGAUCGAGUUAAUGAAGUUUGACAUGGGAGGGGCUGCAGCUGUUUUAGGUGCUGCAAAAGCUCUUGGUCAAAUAAAGCCUGCUGGAGUAGAGGUGCAUUUCAUUGUUGCAGCUUGUGAGAAUAUGAUAAGUGGAACAGGCAUGAGGCCUGGAGACAUUAUCACAGCUUCAAAUGGAAAGACAAUUGAGGUUAACAAUACUGAUGCUGAGGGUAGGCUCACACUUGCUGAUGCUUUGGUAUAUGCCUGUAACCAAGGUGUAGAAAAGAUAGUUGAUCUGGCAACAUUAACUGGUGCUUGCGUGGUUGCUCUUGGACCUUCAAUUGCUGGUAUUUUUACACCUAGCGAUGACCUAGCAAAGGAGGUGGUUGCUGCUUCGGAGGUAAGCGGUGAAAAACUGUGGAGGAUGCCAAUGGAGGAUAGUUACUGGGAGUCUAUGAAAUCGGGUGUGGCCGAUAUGGUGAAUACUGGAGGUCGUCAAGGCGGUGCAAUAACUGCUGCUCUCUUCCUCAAGCAGUUUGUUGACGAGAAGGUCCAAUGGAUGCAUAUCGACUUAGCUGGUCCCGUCUGGAGCGAUAAGAAGAAAAACGCCACUGGUUUUGGUGUUUCAACCUUGGUGGAAUGGGUGCUGAAAAACUCUACAAACUAGAGCCAGUCAAAGAUUGCAUCAUCAUUUGAUGGCUAAACAUAUGAGGGAGUUAUAAUCUCAGGGGACUCUUGAUGUUUGAGUGAAAAAAAGUAUCAAGUUUUAUGAAUAAAUUGGGGGUGAAAGUGGUGGAAAAGAAAAAAGCUAUAGUAGGGGCUUUGAUCUUCAUAGACAAGAUUGGAGUAUACUGUGGCUGCUUUCUUUUUUGCUUGAUUAGUUGCCUUAAAGUGUCACUUUUUCUUAUGGAAUGGAGUUUUUAUCAUCUGUUUUACAA